UGUCAAUAUCAUCAUGAAUUUCAACAAAAUGAUUCAAGAAAUUCAUUCGGAGCCUCUUCAAACUGUCUGUGUCUGGUCUGGUCUCACUCUUGAAGUAUUAGGUCUCAAUCAUGACUUAGCUUCUGUCUACAGCGCGAUGCCAAGAAUCGAUUCCGUUGAACAUUUACGCAUCAGAACCCGAUGCACUUCACCCUUCGAUGCGUCAGGGGAUGCCUUCUAAUUUUCCUCGCUUGGGCGACGUACUGGAAAUCCAAGGCCCGCCUGCUUCCGGAAAAUCUCACUUACUAUGUCUCCUCAUGAUUAUCUGUAUUAUCCCGACCACUUACGCGUCGACAUCGCUCGGAGGAUGGGGCAAAGUAACCAUCCUAUACGACACAUGCGCGACAUUUGAUCUAGCUCGCUUUAAACAGCUUCUGACCUCGCACCUGGCGACGACAUUGAAAAACAAGGACUCAAACGAUAUACAGAUACUAGUGAAGCGUUCUUUGCAAAAUCUUCACAUAUUCCGUCCCAGCUCCUCGAUACAGCUAGCUGCGACUUUAUUUCGCCUACCAUCCUAUCACCAGAUCAACCUGCCUGACUCCGAAAUCGGCAUUUUGGCUAUAGACUCCAUGAGUGCCUUCUGCUGGGCCGAUCGCUUCACUGCUGAACAGUUGAGAGCCACACCCACUUCUAGGGUAAAUGAAUCUCACAAUCCCUUGAAACAUGUUAUAGUGGCCCUGCAACGAUUCCAUCACACUCAUAAACCGUUGAUCGUCUUUACCAACUGGGGUCUAACUCCUGAGGUAAUCGAAGACGAGAGAGGUUCGUUUUCCUAUCGCCAACAUCUGAACCCACCUCCUGCUCUAUUUCCCGCCGUGGAAGUUAGCGCCACAUCGGAGUACUCGUUCGCCAGCGCUCUACCUUUGACAUUUCAUAUCACCCUCUCGAUGGCAAAAGUACCACAGUUCCCUGUCGAUCUCUCUUUCACAGAUACUUCUAUCCAACGGAGUUUCGCAACUCGUCAGAUCACUGGUAUCAUUCGAUCUGCCCGUAGCUCGCAGGCAAGUCGAAUCGCUUUUAAGAUUGAGGCUGACCACAUGGAUCUCCCAAUUGUUCUUUCUUGAUGUGCUAUACAUAGACGAAUAAAGUCAUACAUCUAACUUGGAGUUUGCUAUCGUGGCGUCAGU